AUGUUACAUCGUAUGAAACACCAUGAUGAUAUAGAGCGUGCGACCCUUUGGCUGGCCAACACAUGUCGGUUCCUGCACACCCUGAAGCAGUACAGCGGAGAGAAACAGUUCCAGACGGAGAACACCCAGAGACAGAACGAGCACUGCUUGAGAAACUUUGACCUCUCUGAGUACAGACAGGUGUUCAGUGACCUAGCAGUGUGGAUAUAUCAGACGUUGAUCAAAAACAUGGAAGCAACUAUACAGCCGUCUAUAGUGCUCAUAUUCUGUUGGAUUUCCCCUCCAGUGCCUGCAGUUCUGGAACACGAGGCCAUUGCUGGAUUGACGGGGAGAAGACUGAGAGGUAGACGUUUUAGUAGAGCACAGGAUACGCCCGAAUACUCAUUGGACAGUCUCAUGAAAUAUAUGAACCUGGUCUUAGGGGUGCUCACGCAGCAUGCAGUGGACCCUGAAGUGAUCAAGCAGAUCUUCAGACAGGUCUACUACUUCCUGGGAGCCAGCGCCCUUAACAACCUCCUUCUGAGGAAGGACAUGCGCAACUCGUCCAAGGGAAUGCAAAUCCGAUACAACCUGUCCCACAUGGAGCAGUGGUUGCGUGACAACAAGCUACAGGAGUCCGGUGCUGGUUCCAGUUUAGAGCCGAUCAUCCAGGCCUCCCAGCUGCUGCAGGCCCGCAAGACGGACGCAGACGUAGACAAUGUGUGUGAAAUGUGCUCCAAUCUCACAGUAACACAGAUUGUUAAGAUUCUGAAACUCUAUACGCCCGUGGAUGUGUUUGAGGAACCUGUUCCAAUCUCGUACAUCCGAAAGAUCGAGCAGAAGUUAAAGGAAAGGGAGAGCAUUGAUAACUCGCUCCUCAUGGACCUCAAAUACUCAUACUCAGUUACCUUCACUUUCAACGCUUCUAGUAUCGCCCUGGAGACCAUUAAAGUGCCGCAACAGCUUAAUAUAGCAAAACUGGUUGUUAGGUGUUAG